UUUUAUAAUGUCGUCUCUGAAGUGAUAAUCUUUUAAAAUUAUAAUUACUAUUGUAUUAUUUAUAAACAAAUAAUAACAUAUUCUCCGGUUCUAUAAAUAAAGUCAACAUUUUUGUUACGUGAUGUUUGUAACUUGAAAGGAAGACAUUUAGUUUAAAUUACUAUUUGUACUAGAUCUAUUUGUACUCACAAUUAGUUAUUUUGGUAUCGUCUAUAGAUGGGAAGAGCAAGUGCAUCUAACUGUUACGAUUGGUUAAGGUUUCUGACAUAAAAUGUCUGUUGGCAGUGAAUUAGGAGCCAGUGGAUUCUCAUCAGGGUUUGGUGACGAAGCCCCUGAUAGUACACCAUUUGCUUCAUACCAGACACCUGGAAGUGGCCCUGCUUCAGGCAGCUAUGCUUCAUUACCUAAUGAGGAUCCACAGGUAGUGCAUCCUAAUGAUAAGUACAUGUGCCCAGUCCAUCAUGGACUACUUAGAGAUGCAGUACAAACCCCUUGUGGUCACAGGAUGUGUGCCCAGUGUGUUGGGUCUUACCUGGGCGACUCAGCGUCUAAAAUUUGCCCUGCUAAUGAGGAAGAUUGUGAACAGAUAACAGCAUCUAAUAUCUUGCCAGACCCAGGGUUUAGAAGGGAAAUGAAGCAACUUCCGGUCUUUUGUUUUAAUAAAGAUCAAGGCUGUGAGGAAAAAUUUAAGUUUGGGGAACUGAGUAAACAUUCACCAAAUUGUGAACAUCGAACAGUAGUAUGUAGACAUUCAUCAAGGGGGUGUCAGGAGAGUAUGUUGUUUAAAGAUUCUCUCAAACACGAGGAAACAUGUAAACAUCGACCUACAUUGUGUGAUUUAUGCGGGGAAGAAUACAGUGCUUAUCAGCAACAAGAACAUGAAGAAUCCACUUGCCCUGAGGCUAUGGUGUUAUGUCCUUAUAAAUGUGGAGAUGUUAAGUACAAACGUAGACUGCUAGAAGAGCAUAAGGCAGACUGUCCCAAAAAGCCAACUGAAUGUAAAUUUAGUAUUUUAGGAUGCACCUUUGUGGGUCAUAAAGAAGAAGUUUUACUACAUGAAAAAGAUGUUACUUCACAUUUCGCAGUAGUUUGUGAGUUUGCUCUUUAUUCAGAAAUGCAAAGAAAAAAAGAAUCUGAUGAAUUACAGCAUCUAAAACAAAAAGUCGAACAGUUGAGUAAAGAAAUUGAAGGUCUGAAUGGCACACUGAAAAACACACAUAGAGAGUUAAAGCUUAAAAUGGUUCAGCAAGUUGAAAGACUGAUCAUAGCUGAGCAGAAAGUGGCAGAAAUAUCUGGUGGUGCACCUGCAGGCUCAACACCUGAUGUACAGCAUGUGCAGCAGAGCAUCGAGCAGUUGAAACUUCUCAUUCCCCAAGUCUCCAAUCACGACCGUCAAAUAGCAAAUCAUGAGAUCAGAACAGCGGAAAUGGAUUUAAGGUUUCAGAUGCUGGAAACUGCAAGUUAUGAUGGGAAACUUCUGUGGAAAAUUAGAGAUUUCAGUCAAAGGAAAAGGGAUGCGGUCCAAGGACGGACAGUUUCACUGUACAGUCAACCUUUCUACACUGGCCGCUUUGGUUACAAGAUGUGUGCUAGAGUGUAUUUGAAUGGGGACGGAAUCGGCCGCGGAACUCACAUGUCCCUGUACUUUGUUGUCAUGAAAGGAGAAUAUGAUGCCCUUCUUCCCUGGCCUUUCCAACAAAGGGUUAGCUUGAUCCUACUGGACCAGUCCCCAGACAAGAGACACCUCAAGGAUGAGUUUUUCCCAGACCCCAACAGUACCAGCUUUAGGAGACCAGUGAACGCUGAGAUGAACGUUGCCAGCGGGUGUCCGCUGUUUGUGGCGCACACUGUCCUGGACAACCCCAGCAAUCAUUACAUCAAGGACGAUACGCUUUUCAUCAAGGUCAUAGUGGACACUGCCAGUCUUCAACCCAUUUAAAGCUUUUCUCUUCACUGACGCACAGAAGAAAUUAGGCUUGAUCUAUUUUUUAAAAUAAGUAGCCUCAGAAAUUUUUUUUUAUCAAAAUUUUUUUUUGUUUUCAAAAAUUUGUUGUGUUAAACCUACCUUUUCAUAGAAUAUUUGAAUUCAUUUUUGUUAUGUCCCUUUGACUUGUUUGUUAAUUUGCAUGGAAUUAUUUAAAAAAAAAUAAUUUAAUCUUUUAUAAGCCUAUAAAGCCUAGGGGAAAUAUCUCGCCCACCUAUAAGUGCUGCACCUGCCCCAGCACACAAGAUUCAGGGCCCAGUGUCCACAUUACUGAUGCCAUUAACACACUUUGGCUCUUCAAAGAACGUCAUUUCAAAUAAUUUAUGUAAGAUUAACAGGUUGAAUGGAACAAUCCUGAUAUAUCAAUAGCAAGAUAGCUUACAACUCCAUUUAAGAGUUUAAAAUUUCAUCUGAUUCAAAUGUAAAAUACACAUUUGUUGAUAAUAUUAUAUAAAUUGUAAUAAUAAUAUCAACAGUUGUUGAGUAUCCAAGUAAAUUCUUUUGUAAAUUGUGAUUAUUUAGUGGCAACAAAUUUCAUCUUCAUAUUUUUCACUCUUUAUUUCAUCAUUGCUUAUAAGUUUUUUUUAAAUUUAUACACCUCAGCACCUAUGUUUUCUUUUUAAAAAUAAUGUCCUGAUGCAUGCAAUUAGAUUGGGAAUGUAUAACACUUGGUGGGAAUUUUAGUGGUAUGUAAAAUGCAGAAUGAGCUGUACAUAGGUGUACACAAAUAUAAAUGUAGUAAAUAUAUCUCACUUACAUCAUUAUGAAUUUUCCUUAACUUCACAUAAAUAGAAGUGUUUCUAAAAAUCAUUUUUGACUAUUUAUUGUUCUUAAUAUAUUUUACUUUAUGUAUGGAGUCAAGAACACUAUAGACACUGUUUUGUUAAAAUUCUUGUUGUGCGUCGUUUUUAAGACUAAAUAAUACACAGUAUACCCUGUCAUUACACUGAUAGGUGUAACAAUAACAAUACAUACUAUGAUAGCUUUAUGAAGUUUUUAAAACAUACAACAGUGAAGUUGUAAACAGUUGUUCUUGGGUGGAUUUUCCACAGCGUUCAUUCAUGAGCAACUGCUCAACUCAGUGUCUGUAGAUUAAAAGUGUGAAUGUCUUUGACCUUUUGAACUCAAAACUUGAGAAUUGAAAGUUUUCUUGGACAGGCGUUAUGGUUUGUGUAUGUCAGUUUGAUGAUUUGGCUUACACUUACUAUGGGACUGUCUCAGAAAUACAAAAGCAUCAAUUUAUUACAGCUAUGUUUAUAUUUCAUAUUCUUCAAUAUACAAUAGUAGUAGUACAGUAGUGGCUAGCAUAUCUUUCCUUUAACUGUAUCAGUGGUAUUAUUUCUUAAUAUACUGGUCAUCUGCUUCUGUGUGUGGCCAGUCCAAUGCCUUUUGUUUCUGCUUCAUUCAGUGGUUGGUUUUUUUUUUUGCUGCCAUAGUUCUUUGAUGGUAAUGGUGUUGGAUUAGCUGUUCUGAUAUUUUUUUCUGGCAUGUUUUUUCAGUAUGCCAAAAUUCUGCCAUGGCCGGUCCCAAGCCCAGCUGUGAAAAGAAGAGGGUUGGGUGAAGGGCUAUCAAACCCCUCCUGUAAAAAUAAAAAAAUGACAGAACCGCUAAAAAAACACCAUUGUUGAUAAGAACUAGGGUAGGGUAAUGUUUUAAUAAUUUAUACAUUUCUCUAUUUGAUCAGUUACUCAUUUUUUGAGUUAUUGGUGUGCUGGUAAAUCUUGUGACUAAUACCUUUAUAAAAGAACAA